AUGGUUGUUGAAUUUCAGGAAAAAAUAGACUUUAAGGAUCGGGAUACUUUUGAAUGCCUAUUCAAAGAAUAUUGGGAAAUCAUAAAAGGAAAGGAAGGUUUGAGUUUGGAUGAUGUCUAUUCUGCAGAUGUUGAUUCAAUAAAAAUUGGUGAGAGUGAAGAAGAUAUUGACCUGACAACACCUAAUAGUGACGCUGAUAGUACAGAACUUCAGAGGUCGAUGGGAAAAAGGAAGGCGCCAAAGGAACAAGAAUAUCUCGGAUGGGGAUCGAAACCUCUCAUUGAUUUCCUCAGAUCCAUUGGUAAAGAUACAACUAAACAGUUAUCACAGUAUGAUUUGGACUCUAUCAUCUUUGCUUACAUCAGAGAUAGAAACCUGUUUCACCCUGAAAAGAAGAGAAAGGUUCUAUGUGAUGAUAAGCUGUAUUCUAUUUUCAGAAAGAAGUCACUAGAUAGGAUAAAAAUAUAUGGUCUUUUAGGGGCACAUAUUAGUGAGAACUUGGUAUUAUUGGAUGAGAAUACAAGUGUGGAUGAAGAUGAAAAUAAAUUGGAAGACAAGAAGAAAGAUACAACGAUAGUAGGGAAGAAGGGAACAGUAAGCUCAGAUAUAACAUCACUUGAAAAUGAAGUGAGUCCUAGUGUCCGACAAAGUUGUUUUGCAUCUUUAGUGACUGAUAAUAUCAAGCAUGUCUACUUAAGAAGGAGCUUACUGGAGGAGUUACUGAAGCAGCCUGAAAAUUCUGAAAGCAAGAUUCAAGGAAGUUUUGUGAGAGUGAAAAAUGACCCCAGAGACUAUCUUCAGAGAAAUUCUCACCAACUUCUACAAGUUGAAGGCAUAAGGAAAAUCUCAAGUAUUAAUGAAAUGAACGGUGAAAUUCUCCUGCAAGUUUCCAAUAUUCCAAGAGAUAUUCCCAUUUUUAUGCUGUCAGAUGUUGACUUCACUGAGGAUGAAUGUGAGGAUUUGCGACAAAAUGUGACAAAUGGCAUGCUGAGGAAACCUACAGUUGUUGAGCUUCAACAGAAGGCAAGAGAUCUCCAUGAGGACAUAACUAAGCAUCGGAUUGAGCGAGAGUUGGUCAGGUUACAGAAGUACAUUGAUCGGGCAAAUGAGAAAGGAUGGAGAAGAGAGUUAUGCGAAUAUUUGGACCAAAGAGAGCUGCUAAAGCAACCGUCUGAACAGGCUCGACUGUUAAAACAGGUGCCAAAGGUCAUUGCAGAGGUUUUAGAGGAUGAAUCUGGUUCCGUGGACUCCAUAGAAGUUGAUAAGCAAGGAAAUCUGGAAUAGCAGAAAUCUAAGAUUCAUUUGACAUAUGGUGUAUUUUGUUUCCUUAUAAAAUCUAGUGUUGUAUGAACAAAGGACAAAGCCCUUCUAGUCUGUAUGUAGUUUGACUUCGCAGUGGCCAACAAAAUGGCCAUCUGUACUGAUGGUUACCAUAUUUUGCCUCUAUUGUUAGCUCGUGUAGCACCG